AAUAGCUCAUUAGCCCCUCACUAAUGUCACAUUUCCACACAACCCCCCAAACCACAAAUAUUAUCAUUACCUAUCCCAAGCGAGAGAAAGAAGAAUCAUCGGUUUCUCCAUCGGCUUGAUGGAGAUCGGACCGGCGACGGAGACGCCGGAGGAGGUGGAGGCGUCCUCCUCCUCUUCGGCGGCGGAUGAGCCAUCGUCUGCGGGUUCUUCUCCUGGAGCGAGCAGUUGUGGCAGCAAUGAUAAUAUUCCUGGUGAUAUUAGUAAUAGGAUGAGCAAGUAUGAGUUGUUGGAUGAAGACGAGGAGGAAGAUGUUUGCCGGAUCUGUCGGAACCCUGGAGACGCUGAAAAUCCUCUGCGGUACCCCUGCGCAUGCAGCGGCAGCAUCAAGUUUGUUCAUCAGGAUUGUCUUCUCCAGUGGCUCAAUCACAGCAAUGCUCGCCAAUGCGAGGUCUGCAAACAUCCUUUUUCCUUUUCCCCGGUUUAUGCUGAUAAUGCGCCAGCAAGGCUUCCUUUUCAGGAGUUCAUCAUCGGGAUAGCUAUGAAAGCCUGCCAUGUCCUGCAAUUUUUUGUACGCCUCAGUUUCGUACUUUCUGUUUGGCUGCUCAUUAUCCCUUUUAUCACCUUUUGGAUUUGGCGAUUGGCAUUUGUUAGAAGUUUUGGUGAAGCCCAAAGACUGUUCCUCAGUCACUUGUCUACAACUGUCAUUCUAACUGACUGUCUACAUGGAUUUCUUCUCUCGGCUAGCAUUGUGUUCAUUUUUCUUGGGGCAACUUCACUCAGAGAUUAUUUUAGACAUUUACGAGAACUUGGAGGACAGGAUGCUGACAGAGAAGAUGAAGGAGAUAGAAAUGGAGCUCGUGCUGCAAGAAGACAAGCUGCUCAAGCCAAUAGGAACAUUGUUGUUGAUGGGAAUGGUGAAGAUGGAGGAGCACAAGGAGUUGUUGUUGCUGGGCAGAUGAUCCGAAGGAAUGCUGAAAAUGUUGCAGCUCGGUGGGAGAUGCAGGCAGCUCGUCUUGAAGCCCAUGUUGAACAGAUGUUUGAUGGUCUGGACGAUGCUGAUGGUGCUGAGGAUGUACCUUUUGAUGAACUGGUUGGCAUGCAGGGACCUGUAUUUCAUCUAGUUGAAAAUGCAUUCACGGUUCUUGCAAGCAAUAUGAUAUUCCUUGGAGUUGUAAUCUUUGUGCCCUUCUCAUUAGGACGUGUUAUACUAUAUUAUCUUUCAUGGCUUUUGUCCUCUGCUACAAGUCCAGUGUUAUCUGCAGUUGUUCCACUGACCGAGUCUGCACUUUCCUUGGCCAAUAUAACACUGAAAAAUGCAUUGACUGCUGUUGUAAAUUUGACAUCUGACAACCAUGAGAAUCUGAAAGUAAAUACAACUGCACAAACUGAGGAUUUCAGCAACAUAAGCUCUAUAAUUGCAGCAGACCUCUUGAAAGUCCAGUCGGCUGGGGCAUCACGACUCUCUGAUGCUACCACUCUUGCUGUUGGUUAUAUUUUCAUAUUUUCACUAGUUAUCUUCUACCUUGGGAUUAUUACCUUAAUUCGGUAUUCUAGAGGAGAGCCUUUGACAAUGGGGAGGUUCUAUGGUGUUGCUUCAUUUGCAGAAACUAUUCCAUCGCUCUUUAGGCAGUUUGUGGCUGCAAUGAGACAUCUGAUGACUAUGAUAAAGGUUGCUUUCCUUCUGGUUAUUGAACUUGGUGUUUUUCCUCUGAUGUGUGGUUGGUGGCUUGAUGUUUGUACUAUAAGGAUGUUUGGGAAGUCAAUUUCACAGAGAGUUGAGUUCUUCUCUGUUUCACCACUGGCAAGCUCCUUGGUUCAUUGGAUUGUAGGAAUUGUUUACAUGCUGCAAAUAAGUAUCUUCGUCAGCCUUCUUCGAGGGGUGCUACGCAAUGGGGUUCUCUAUUUUCUUCGAGAUCCUGCUGAUCCUAAUUACAACCCCUUCCGCGAUCUAAUCGAUGAUCCUGUGCACAAGCAUGCUCGUAGAGUUUUGUUGUCUGUUGCUGUUUACGGUAGUUUGAUUGUGAUGCUGGUAUAUUUGCCAGUUAAACUUGCAAUGCGGAUGGCUCCUUCCAUUUUUCCCCUGGAUAUUUCCAUAUCCGACCCAUUUAGUGCUGACAUGCUUCUCUUUCAAAUAUGCAUUCCAUUUGCUAUCGAGCAUUUUAAACUACGACAUACUCUCAAAUCCCUACUCCGGUAUUGGUUCACUGCUGUUGGCUGGACACUUGGUCUAACAGAUUUUCUACUCCCCAAACUGGAGGAGGAGAAUGCAAAUGGAGAUAUAGGUAGACAGGACAGAGGGCAUGCACAGGCAGGUGGACAGGAACAAGCCCUAGCUCUUGAAGAUGUAAACAGACCAAGGUAUGUGCCUGAAGAUACCAAUUCGGGCGAGGAGUUUGACGGUGAUGAACCAGCUGAUUCAGACCGGUGGGCUUUUGUACUACGCAUCGUGAUAUUGUUGGUGAUGGCUUGGAUGACACUUCUUGUCUUCAACUCUGCAUUAAUAGUUGUGCCCAUUUCACUUGGGCGGGGACUCUUCAAUUCCAUGCCACUUCUCCCAAUAACUCAUGGCAUCAAGUGCAAUGAUUUGUAUGCUUUUGUCAUUGGAAGCUAUGCCGUUUGGACUGCCUCAGCUGGAGCACGGUAUUGUGCUGAGUUUGUGAGAACAAGGAGAACGAGGUUAUUGCUCCACCAGAUCUGGAAAUGGUGUGGCAUUAUUGUCAAGAGUUCUGCACUGUUGUCAAUAUGGAUUUUUGUUAUUCCUGUGCUAAUCGGGCUGCUGUUCGAACUUCUCGUAAUUGUGCCUAUGCGGGUUCCUGUGGAUGAAAGCCCAGUUUUCCUUCUGUAUCAGGAUUGGGCACUAGGACUAAUCUUUCUGAAGAUCUGGACCAGAUUGGUUAUGUUGGAUCACAUGAUGCCACUGAUUGACGAGAGCUGGCGUAUAAAAUUCGAAAGGGUGAGGGAAGAUGGUUUCUCGAGGCUCCAAGGUCUUUGGGUGCUGCGUGAGAUUGUUUCCCCAAUAAUUAUGAAGCUGCUUACUGCAUUAUGUGUUCCCUAUGUUUUAGCUAGAGGGAUCUUCCCAAUAUUGGGGUACCCAUUAGUUGUCAACUCGGCUGUCUAUCGAUUUGCCUGGUUGGGAUGUCUGUUCUUCAGCCUACUGUAUUUCUGUGCCAAGCGUUUCCAUGUCUGGUUCACCAAUCUCCACAAUUCCAUCCGCGAUGAUCGGUAUUUGAUUGGUCGUAGACUCCAUAACUACGGAGAGAACUUAGCCAGACAGGAUGAUUCCGGUGCUGCCCUGGAAAACCAAGAUUCCAUCGGAAACGACACUGAUGUGAAUCAAAAUAAUCAGGAAGCUGCCAAUGUAGGGUUGAGACAGAGGAAUGUUCUUCGCCAAGAUGCUUAAAUCAAAGGUAGGCUGCAUUUCCUGUUACGUCCCAUUUGAUCUAUUUAUAGCGAGUCGAUGCCUCAAUGCAGAGAAGAGGGAGUUCGUGUUUCAGAGUUUCAGGUAACAGAUUGUUAAUGAUGCGCUAAGUUUUGUGAAUAUAACUUUAUGGCUUUUGUUUUAGAAACUUGUGAUUGUACAGAGCCUCUUUUCCUUUGUUUCUUUCUGGUGUCAACAGGUGAGAGUGUAAAAACCUAAUAGGUAAACAUGAUGUUGAUAACAAAUACUUAAUUCAGUUGUGAACUAGUUGGCAUCAAUUUUAAGUGAAAGGGUAUUUGAGCUUUUGCUAUCUUGAAUCACA